UGCGACGAUAUCGGCGAUAACGUCGUAUCCCUAGACGUCGCCACCGCAACCACCGUAACCACCACGGUCACCGAUUGUUGCUGCUUUAACCGACUCAGCCACAUCGACUCUUACAGCCAUUGGUAUCAGAGAUACGAACUCGAGGGCGAAUUCUGUUACCUCUGCUUCUACGGCCUCUACUGUCCUCUCGAAGAUCCCGGAGACUUUUGUUGUGCUUGUGGUCCUUGCGAGGUGCCCAAAAGUGUGGAGGCAGAUGCCGAUCAUUCCGUGUCCAACGUCAAAGAAUCUAAGCUCCUUAGUUGACGUUCGUCGGGGUGAUGCGAGCUCGGGUGCAGGAGCGGUAUACGAAAGAAAUCGUCUCUUCGGCGUCGGGGAUAAUCGUCGGUGAACGCAGUAACAACGGAAUCGUGGAUCGAAUAGGCGGCGUGCUCGGACGGCGAACGUAUGAUAUCGUCGAUGAUGUGAGAAGCGGUAGGCAUGUAUAUAGGCCGCGAAGCAUUUUUGUCGCGAGUGCUGCUCUUACUCGGCAUUUGUAAACUCGGGCGGCGGUUGCUGCAGCGAAGAAAACCGAACGCUGGCCAAUACAGUUGCGGUGUGAAACAACAAAAAGACUAUAAAGACUCCAGAAACGAUGUGUUGUGCCUAAAAAAAAAUAUAAAAAAAGAGAGAUCGGAGAAGACUACAGGAAGAUACGACGGAAAAGACGUUCCUCCGACGAAUUAAUAAAAAAAAAAAGACAGACGUAACCGUAGUAAAAGAGGGCAAGAUGGUCUUAGAUUAGUGGAACGAGCGCCGCUUUUAUUGACUAAACACGAAUUUUCGGAGAAACGGAUAUCGGCAUCGUCCCGGAACGAGCGUUUGUCGACAAAGCGGACGUCGACGUUGCGUACAGUGGAUUCUGGACGAGGCCCACGUUAAGGAGGAAGCGGAAACGAAGAGAGAAGAGCUGAAGACGGACGCGAGAACUGGAAUAUGCCACGGCGGAGCUUCGUACAAACAGGGAGGAGAGGAGAGAGCGUUUGGAACGAACAGACGGCUCGAGCGAGACGCGAUCCCCAUGUUUCGAUCUUUCCUUUGCCUCCUCCCGCCUGAUUUUUCUCUCUCGCGGAGCUGAUCGCGUACCGAGCAACAAGGGGAGGGAGAGACCGAGAGAGAAACAGAAGGAAUAGGACAGGGCUGUUCACGGUGAGGGAGAAUACACACGUUGCGGGCUACGGAAAGCUAUAUAUAAAUAUAUAUAAAUAUAAAUAUAUUUAAAUAUAUACAGAUAUAUGUAUAAAUUUAUGUAUAAAUAAUUAAUGUGUGGCUGUGAACACAUUUCAUUU